AUGAAGUCCACGACUCCCGACACGACAAACCAGGUCUUCCUCGUGCCAAGUGUCGUGGUCUUCACUGUGGCGGGUGUCGUGGUGAUCUUCGCCGCAUCGUCCGCCGUGGUGGUGUCGGCGGGUGUGGUGGUGUCGCGUGUGGUGCUUACGCUGCGAUGGCCCGCGCCGUCGCUCGAGACUCUCGAAACCCCGAAACCAGAAAUCAACCAAUCGCUGUGCUCCCUCCGCGCAUACUCUCGACUCGAGACGUGCUCGGACCCGGCCAAGUCGACAAACCCGACGGCAAGACGCGGUCGCUCACGUGCUCCAUCUGGAGGGGGGGCGUGCGACCGGCUGCUCGCACGGUGGACGUUCAAGUUGCCCGUCGCCCGACUCACUGUCAACGACUUCACAGUCAAUCACGUUUAA